GAGGUGAGAGUGAGAGUGGGGGGAAAACUCAGUUUGCAGAAGUCAGCUAUCAGAUAGCAGUGCACUGAGACAGACCUACAAAUACCACACAAACUGUGCAAAAGCCAGUGAAAAGAAGAAGUGGAGAGAGACUAAAGGAAACCUCAAGUCUUCACAAACAAGGCUUACUAGAUGGAGUACAAAGUGACUGUGGCUACAGGCACCUUAGAGUACUCGGGUACUAAUAACUAUGUGUAUGUGACUCUGGUGGGGGAGAACGGAGAGAGUGAGAGGACGCUGCUGGACAAUCCAGGCCUGGAUCUGUGUAGAGGCGCAGUUGAUGAAUACAUAGUCCGGAGCUCGACUCCUCUGGGUCGUGUGCUCCUGGUACGCUUGGAGAAGCAGAAGUACUUUGUGGAAGAUAACUGGUUUUGCAGUUAUGUGAAAGUCACACCACCAGAAGGGGAAAACACACAAACCUUCCCCUGCUACCGCUGGUUAGUGGGGGAUAUUAAAAUAGAAGUCCGCGAUGGCACAGCUAAGAAACUAUGUGAUGAGAUCUUGCCUCAGGAGCUGGCUCAUAGAAAGGCACAGCUGGAGGAGAGACAGAAAACCUUCCGAUGGCAAACCUGGGCUCCAGGAAUUCCCAAAUGCGUAGACGCCAAAUCACAGGCAGACCUACCCCAGGAUGUUCGCUUUGCCAAUGAGAAGCGCUGUGACUUUGAAAGAUCACUUCAAUAUGCGCUUUUGGAGCUGUCUCUGAAGAAGCUGAUUAUCUGGUUUGGGAGGUCAUGGGAGGAUCUGGAUGAUUUUAAACAAAUAUUUUGGAAAUUACGGAGUCCCAUUGCUGAAUACACUAUGGAACACUGGAAAGAGGACUGGUUUUUCGGCCAUCAGUUCAUGAAUGGGUCAAAUCCACGGAUGAUCCAGAGGUGCAGGAAACUACCCUCCAACUUCCCUGUCACUGGAGACAUGGUGCAGGCCUUCUUAAGCCCCAAAACCACCCUGGAUAAAGAGCUCAAGGCUGGGAAUGUAUACCUUGUUGACUAUGCUAUAAUGGAUGGCGUCCCUGAGAAUGUUAUCAGAGGGAUGAAGCAACAUUUAGCAGCUCCUUUGUGUUUACUAUAUGAACAUCCAGACAGUGGCCUCAUUCCCAUCGCCAUACAGCUUGAACAGAAUCCUAAUAAGGACACACCCAUCUUCCUCCCUAAUGAUCCGCCUCUGGCUUGGUUACUGUCUAAAAUGUGGGUCCGUCAUGCUGAAUUUCAGGUCUUCCAGGUGCUGUCGCACCUGCUGCGAACUCACCUUAUAGCGGAGGUGUUCUGUGUGGCCACACUGCGUCACCUCCCUGCAGUCCACCCUAUAUACAAGCUGCUCACUCCUCAUCUGAAGUACACUCUGGAGAUAAACUGCCGUGCACGUGCAGAGCUCAUCUCUCAAAAUGGCAUCUUCAAAAGGGUGGUGUCCACAGGUGGUGACGGGCUGCUGGUGCUGUCUCAAAGGGAGUAUAAGGUCCUGACCUACCGCUCUCUCCAACCCCGUUGCGACUUCACAGACCGUGGCGUUACUAAACUCAAUAAAUACUUCUACAGAGAGCACAGCCUGAUGCUCUGGGACGCCACUGAGAAGUUUGUCUCCAGCAUAGUGUCUCUAUAUUAUGGAAGUGACAGUGAAGUAGUGCAGGAUUCAGAACUGCAGGCGUGGAUUAAGGAUGUGGUUGAGGAAGGCUUUGUAAACGUCCCCCACUUUGGGCUGCCUAAUGAACUAAAGAAUAAACAGGAGCUGAUCACACUUUUGAGUGUGGUAAUCUUCACCAGCACUGCACAACAUGCAGCAACCAACAACGGACAGUUUGACUUUUGUUCGUGGGUGCCCAACACGCCUUGCACCAUGCGCCAGCCUCCACCCACAGACAAGGACAGUGUCACUAUGGAGUUGAUCAUGAACACGCUCCCAGAUAUCAGCCAGUCAUGUGUGGAGAUGGCAAUCACAUGGCAUUUAGGAAGAGCUCAGCCAGACGCAAUACCUCUGGCACAGUAUGAGGAACAGUAUUUCACUGAGCCGGCAGCCCAAAAGAUGAUCAGUAACUUCAGGCAGGAUCUGAAGGACAUUGAGGAGGACAUUCUGAAGCAGAAUAAGGGUCUUGAACCACCGUAUCUCUAUCUGUGCCCUAGCCGAAUAGAGAACAGCAUUACCAUAUAGAGAGGCUUGAGAAAAAUUCUGCAAUUUUUGAUGAUGUACUUCUUAUGACAUGUAUAGAAAGCUGCCUUAAAUAAUAGACAUUUUGAAAGGGAAAUUUUGAGAAGCUUGUUUGAAAGAAGAAGAAUAUAUUCUUAAACUACAGAAACUUAUUGUUGUAAAUCUACACUCACCUUCCACAUUAUUAAGAACACCUGUACAUUCAUGCAGUUUUCUAAUCAACCAAUCAGGUGGCAGCAGAGCAAUGCAAAAAGCAUCAUUUUAUGUUCAUAUCAAAAAUGAGAAUGCGGAAAAAUUGUGAUCUCUGUGACUUUAACUGUGGCAUGGUUGUUGGUGCCAGAAGGGCUGGUUAGCGUAUUUCAGAAACUGCUGAUCUCCUGGGAUUUUCACAAGCAACAGUCUCUAGAGUUUACACAGAAUGGUGCGAAAAACAAACAAAAAACAUCCUGUGUGCGGAGGGUCUGCAGGAUGAAACACCUUGUUGACGAGCGAGAUCAGAGCAGAAUGACCAGACUGGUCUGAGCUGACAGGAAGUCUAUAAUGGCUCAAAUAAUCACUCUUUACAACCGUGGUGUGCAAUAAAGCAUUUCAGAAUGCACAACACACCAAACCUUGCAGUAGUUGAGCUACAACAGCAGAAGACCACGUCGGGUUACACUACUGUCAGCCAAGAGCAAGAAUCUGAGGCUAUCAUGGGCACAGACUCACCCAAACUGGACAGUUGAAGACAGGAAAAAGUUUUAGUGAGUCUGUGCCCAUGAUUCCUGUUCUUGGCUGACAGGAGUGUAUCUCAAUGUGGUCUUCUGCUGUUGUGCAUGCUGAGAUGCUUUUCUGCUCAACAUGGUUGCAAAGAGUGAUUAAUUGAGCUACUAUAUCCUAUAUCCAACAUCCAUGCCACAGAGAUCACACUUUUUCCCCCAUUCUGAUGUUUGAUGUGAAUAUUAACUGAAUGUCUUGAUCUGUAUCUGCAUGAUUUUAUGCACUGCACUGCUGCCACAAUUGGCUGAUUAGAGAACUGUAUGAAUGUACAGGUGUUCCUAAUAAAGUGGAUGGUAAGUGUAUAUGCUUCAGAUAUGUUGUUCUUAUGUUGUAGAGAAUUUAAAGUCAAUCAGUAAACUGGAACUUCUGUAAGGCAAGUGACCACCAAGAAAAGAUAGAAAGAUAUAUUAGGAACUACAGAAAUGCUUAUUCUUGUAAGUAACCAAGUGAUACAAAUAAGAUACUAGAUUGUUAACUGUUUAAUACAUGAAAUUAAAUUCACACAGACAA